AUUAUUUUCUUAUUAUAUAAAUUAAUUUUUAAUUUAAAUCAGACGUUAAUUGAAUGUACUGGCAAGUUUCACCAAGCACUUUGAUUUUUCGAAUUAUAAGAUUUUCCGGAAGAUGCCGUCCGAUUCUUCGGCUUAAAGUUCCUUUAAAGUUUUGCCAAUAUCAAUCCCAUUAAAUCGGUAUGGUUUGCAAUCAGGGAAUAGCAAGUUCUGAACUCGGAAGAUCAUCGUGUUAUUUAGUGAAUCCGUGGAAACCGCUGCAACCCUUACAAACUACAAGUUAUUUGCUUCGCCACCAGUCAGUUGCUUCCGUAACCGGUAAUUGAAAAAGUAGGCGUUCCCUUUCGAGAAACUUUGAAAACCGACGAGAACUUGGGCUUCCGGAAAACCCGAUAGAAUCGUUCGUAUGAAAGAUCCAAUAAUGUUCCGUUGAAUUUAAUUCUGUUUCCGAGAAGAUUCCUCAGAGUUCAGAAUCUCUAAAUUUAAUUGAAAUGAUAUGAAUUUUUAUUUUUCAAAUUUCGAAUCGAUUAUAGAAAUGGUGAAAGGAAACGUUUAGUGGAUUACAGAAUUGCACGAAUAGCUCGCAAACAUCAACACGAAUUACAUUUACUACCCUGAAGUCGGUGCAUUGGCGCGUAGUACAUAGUAAUAACAGUAAAAUAAAGGCUUAUGGGAUCCCAACUGGGAGAUCGUUUUCGCGAAAAGGCACCGAAACGACAUUACCGAUAUUUAUUCAACCGCGUCCUCUGUAAUAUUCCGAACGAUUGCCGGUAUUUGAAAGCGUUCGACGCCACUGUGCAGCUCCGCCCAUUGGACAAAAGAGAUAUUGGUACGCAUGCGCGGACGCGAGCGAGCGCAACGACCGUCGAAUAAUAAUUAGAGAACCCAUCGGCGCCGGUGGUCGCGGUUUUACCAUAACUCCUCUCCCCUCGUGUCGUCUUAAAAAUGCUUUAUUCGCGAUUCAGGGUCCAUAUGGGGAGGCAAACGAUCAAAGAUCAUGAUCGUAGAUCUUGGAUUUUCUUGUAUUUUGGAAUCGAAUGUCAAAAUUAAUCCAUAAACAACAAAAUACAGUGGUAGUAAUAAAAUUAUUGCAGGGUUGGCGCUAAUUUAAUCUCGAAAUUCGAUGUCAGAAUUCGUUGAGGAAAGAUAAAUCACAUUGGAGGCUAACCCCUUUGGCGAGAUGUUUUAUGCUAAUUUCGUAAAUUGCCAGCUUCGACGGCUUUUUGAUUCAAGAACACAGCCAGUUAGCUCCGGGAGGCUAGAUGAAAGCUACCCUGAUGUUUACAUAAUGGUGGUUCACCGCGAUUCCCGGCUCUCUUGACUCCGUAAUCCUUGCCAGUUCCUCUUCGAUUUUCCCAACCGUGAACAACUUUCCUCUUGUUGCUGAUUUUCAUUUCAAUUUCUACGAGCUUUCUCACUCAGCCUUUCUUCUACCUGUCCGAUUUCAUUAUCUUCUCGUGUUUUAGUUCUCGGAACAACCCCUUGAUGACUGUCCUGCUACUGGUUUUUUUCCUUAUCGAUGUGUUCCGGCGCCAGGUCAGAUCCUAUCACUCUUUUUCUCAUUAAGGCUACCCCUUGUUCUUCGGACUAAUCGUUUUCCAAGUUAGAAUUUAAUUAUCUUUAUUGGAUUUACAAAUCCUCAUGCAAUUAGAAUUUUAUUGAAACUAAUUUUUGCAAAUGAAGGGCAUGCGACAAUAUGUAAAUUUAAGAAUUUAUUUUAAAUUUUUUUCGCCCGAAAUUCGCUCUUUCGUCACAGUUUCCCUUUUUCUCUCUUAAUUUCUACUUCCGGCUGUUGUUCCCCUACUCAGUUCCCUCCUCGUUCCAUCAACCCUUUCCCCAGCACGAGGCGUCUUGGUUUAUCCUUCGUCCUUCGAACGCGACAUACGCAUCCACCGUUUCUGCUGGCGAGCUGCGUGGCGAACAUCAAACGUGCCGACAACCAGGACGUGCACCUGCCUCCGUCACGCGUCCAGGUAAACGGCUCGUUCCGUCCUCCUCUCGCCCCUUACGAGCAUUCUCAUUACUCCCACUCUACGGCGCCGUGUUCUCGCCAGGGCCGUACCCUCUGCUUUUUCCUACCCUAACUAAUUACUCCUUUAAUCCUUUGAAUUAUAGCAAACGCAGCAAUCCUGCAAAUUUUUUUAGACUUGGCAUGUUUUAAUGCACGUUGACAUAAUUAUUUGAAAAUGUAUAAAAUUAUAUAGGUAUUAUAUUUUUCAUUUACCAAUUUGGUAAAAUGGUACUUGAUAAAAUAAUGACCCCAGGAAAUUGUUUAUCCAAAUAAAAAUUGAAUUAAUAUACUCGCUGAAAUAAGGGAGCGUAUUUCAUUAAAAAAUUAAGUCAUAAUCAGCGGACAAAAUGCAGGAUACUCGGUAACGUUAUCGUCAAGCGGAAAGCAUAACGAGCUCCUGGUAGCUUGUUAAUUAACAACAACAGCCGGUUACAAGCACGCGAACAACGAGCAAUCGUUAACAAACCGUUCUUUAUUAUUUCAGUUAUCCUCGGGAUGUUGAAGUGGUCAAAAGAUUCCCGCGCGAAGACCACCAACAAAGCCUUGUAUAUUUCCGCUAUCAUAGACGCUUAAGCUUUGUCGGCCACGUUUACAAUGCGAUUGUAAAACCGUUAUUAUCAUUAAUUUUCAUGGUGGCGGAAUGGCCACCAUAGCAGGAAGAAUGACGGCUUGCUACUGGCUGUUUGUUAAGACAGGUAUACGAUAGUAAAAUAUUAUUGUUCGAUGAGUACCAAGAAAUUUGACGAUCGAUUUGAAAAAAUGAGAAGAAAGAUUCAUUUCUUUUUUAUGUACCAUUUUCAAACGACGAUAGUUUCCUUUCUUUCCUUGAAUUUCUUUGAGUGGACGAGACUGGACCUGGGUCCGAUAUCAGUUUUCUUCGAAACGACGAUUCGGGCAAACCGUGAGCAGCAUCGAGAAAGAGAACAUUACCGAACAAUCAAAGGGGGAGGAUAAGCGAGAAAAAAGAGAGAUAAACGAGAGAAUGAAGUGGCAGAGGAAGGGAUGAAAGGUGCCGACUGCCCUCUCUCGAUGAUCCCCUCCUGCGGCUCCCUUUUCUCUCGAUUACACCUGGUCACGACGACCAUUCCCGUAUCCAGCUCCUGUUAGUGUCAAAUCACCGUGUUACGUGUCCUACUGCGAAGUCAACGCUCCUCGCUUCCUUCCCUUCUUCGCGAUCGACUCCUCGGCUAAAACAUCCCAUCGUCCUACUUUUCCACGGCGAAACUAACACGGUUUUAUCCCCGUUUCUUUCUUCUAAUCCGAUAGAUUUGGUUGAUGACACCGCGGCAACUUAUGGCGAGAAAUUGACGUUCCGUUUUAUCCAUUUUUUGUUAUAACGGGAAAGGAUUGCUUCGGUAGAUUCUUCAGGUUUUGAUGUUUCCGAGGAGGAGAGGAUUUUUAUCUUCAUUUUGGAUUAAAUUUUAUUUCAAUUGAUUUUAAAAGAAAUGAAAAUGAAUUAAUUUGUUUCCUUCCAUUUGUACGUUCUCUAAAACGAGGUCACUAUUAUAAAUAUAUUUUUUUUUUAUGUACAAAGGAUUACACUCCAACUCGGAAACUUUGACAUUUUUCUUUGAAACCGUGUCCUCGUUCGAUUCCAAAUCUCGGCAUCUCGUUUCCAUAUUUGUCCGAAGCUUCUUUCUCAGAUUUUAAUCGUUCGAUCGUUUUUCUUGUCGAUUAUUAUCGUUUAAAAGCCCGCCAAAGACGGAGCGGCCUGAACGCGUCCUCGACGAGCCGCGAACCGAUCGUUUCGACUCUCGAUCGGCCUCAAUUGGUACCGACCGGUUCAGCAAUGACUCACGGUUGUAGUAAGAUUCCUGAUACGGUGGCCAGAUCUUUUGCUUAUCGUUAACUCGGCCACGAUAACAUCCCGGCGACACGUUCUUCGUUAAUAACGUCAUUCCGGUCGCCUGGAUCGGCAACUUUUGAAAGAAGCUCGCGUUUAAAUCGUCGCUUCAAAGGUCGUCAGCGACAAAAAGUCCACUCUCUUUACCGAAUGUGCGGUCUUCUACCAGAACGUGUCAUGGAAAUUUACUUACAACCUUGUUCUCUUCCAUCGUUAGAUCUUUACUCGUUUAACGGAAGGGUCCUUCGUGACCCUUGAGAGCAGUGGAGUUUAUUGAUCGUUCAGUGGAAAUGUAUAUUUUUCUAAUUAUUUUUAAUUGAUAUUAAGUUAAAUCUAAGAAAAUUUAAAAUUAUAAUUUUGGGGGAACAAACCUACCCUUGUCUCUACCUAUUUACAUCAAAAUUGAUUAAAAGAAUCAAAGCUUCAUUAAUUUAUAUUUCUAAUAAUUUUCUGGCGAUGUUCCAUUUUAUCGCACGAGAAAAGGGGCGGAAUUUUGUAAUCAAAACAACCCUUCACAGGGCAAGGAAUCUCAGCCCCUCUCUCUGCUCCCUCUCUGACUGUUGCCUCCCUCCACCCUUCUCUCCAACAGUCUGUUGUCUGGUUACUUCGCGCGGUUUAACCUGGCCCGAUUGUCAGUCAGUGGCAAGCUCCGAUGGUGCAAAGAACCUCUGGCCACCUGGAAUGACAGUCCAUACCUGAAGGUCGAGUGAAAUUCCCAAAUUCAGGCAUUUCAUCGAACAUCUCGAAACUUCGGUAUACUCGAAGAAAUACACGAAGAGUAAAAUUUCUGGGAGAAAAUUGAUAUUUCAGUGAUACCAAGAUAAAUUUCAGAAAUUGAUCAUUAUACAAAUUUUAAGAAAACCAAGGAUUUUAAAAUUCUUUAAAAUUCCUGGAGAUCGUAAGAUUCACAGAGCAGAGGAUCAACCGGGCUGUCAAUCAAGGGUGGCAAACCAUCUCUGGGAAGAGAAGAAAGCAAAGGAUUACCACGAAGAAGAAGGAUAAAAGGGAGGAGAAGAAACGUUCGUCCGCCGCCCCUAAAAAUCCCCCGUCAAUUAAUCUUCCCCGGGCCCACGGUCUUCCGGGUCUGAAAAAGAGCGGCGCGGAGGCAGCCGUCAAAGAAAACACCCACAACAAACAAGCGGCAAAAGAGCAAGAAGAGGCCGGCAGCAACAAAGCGGCCGACGACGGACAAGAAGAGAGGCAAGAGAAGGAGAAAGGGUGAAGCGCGAAGAAGAGGAGGUGUCGGUCGCUGUUCCUCGGCCGUGGCCGGCACGUGCGCGCACCGGCUCCUCGUGACUCGGAAGAAGAAGAAGAAGGGUUCUUCUCUCGGCGGAAGGAACGAAGAAGGAGAAGAGAAGAGGAAGCGUGCGAAGCGGAAAGUGGCGGCAGUGCGCCGCGAACCGUCAACCGGGACGUGCAUCGAGCACACCAGCUCGAACCUCGUGUUUUCAUGCGUCCUCGCACCACGUGCACUCCGUUUACUUCCUGCAACUGCUUUCGCGCCAAAUAUCGAACGAAAGAUAUCCAACACUGACAGAGAUUGUUCUUUUUUAUUUUACUUUAUGGUUACGAGGAUAUGAGGGAGAACAGUGGUGAUUUCAAGCUGUGAAUCAGGGGAUGAAAAGAGAAGAGGGAAAGUGAGGAUGAUAGAGGGGUGAUCGAGGAAGAGGAAGGUCUUUGAGUGACUCCUCGUUAAUUUCUUGGAAGGCUUGGAUACUUUGAGAGUGUUAAGGGCCAGGGAUUGGAUAGUGAAGAUGAGAAUGGAGAUUCAGGUGAGUUUGAUUUUGGACUUGGGGGUGGAUUAUUUUUUUCAUUUAAUACGAAAUUAGCUAACUUGGUAUAAAACAUGGGUCUUGAAAUGGCAAUUUUCUUUAUAAAUUAAAUAAUAUAGGUGGCCUUGACAAAUUAGCAAGGAAAUUUAAUUAAAAAAUAUUUCAGAUUCCGAAACAGCAUGGUUUAUGUACAAGUAGACACUGUAAAAGGGGUAGUGACAAGACAACCCCAUCCUCUUUUAACGCUCUUUGAUCAUUUCAAGAUUUAGCUUUCAUGACCUUCUGUUAUGCUUCACUCUCAUCCCCCAUUGUUGCACCACCCCCUUUGGUCAGAGGCUUUACUCGCGCCUUAGGGUUUUAACUUUUAAGUACGAUUUAACGAAAGCCUUUGAACCUCUGUUCUCCAUAAAAUUUCUUAGCAGAAUUGUCUGCGGUCCGUUUGACUUUUGUCACUGCAACCACCCCCUCGAGAUUCUUCUUGCAAUCUACCCCUUUUUAUAGCAAUUUUUUGCAUUAAAAAUUCAGGGUACAAUUAUGUACAAGUAUGAAGGAUAUCAUUCCCAAAAUGAAUACUUCAAUCAACAGAAUAUUUAAUAAAUAGCCUGUUGGUGUUGUUAUUUACAUAUACUACUGAAAUUGGGACGAAUUUAUAUUAGAAAAAUUUAGAAAAAUUUAUUCUCUGGUAGAUUUAAAUAAGAAAAGAGCCGAAGAUUAUUGACUUCCCUUCAAGUCGAACGUCGAAGUCCUUAGCGAAAGCUGAAGGCGACCACAUGAGUCCGCACGCGAUCCUUGAACACGUAAUAAAUCACGGGCGCGAAUCUCGAGGCUUGCGACAAACCGCAAGAGCGAACAACGCGCCCUAAAUUUAUCGUCGUUCUUCGCCGACAGGCAAAGGGCGGUAAUGGUGGUGGCUUCUGGCACACGGUUGCGUGGCGCCAAAACCCUUCAGACACUCCUUUCUGUCCUCCGAUUAAUUAAAUUCGAAUUCUUCGGGCCGUUCAAAGCAUGUGACGCGUCUCAAACGUGAGAGGAUUGCCUUCUAAUUUAUCGCCAGUUUAGAGUGUGCGAAGUGACAGAAGAAUUUGAUCAUUUUAAUGAUCGUUUUUUAAAAGGGAUAAUAAAUCAGUAGACCGUAACUUCUUUAUUUCUCCGCUCAAGAUAAUAAAAUAUGAUUCGUGGAAAAUUUUUUUUUCAACUCAUUGCGAGCUUUCGCUUCUCUGACUUCUGAUUUUUCGCCUUUGAUGAAGAUCCCUAGUUUAAAUGCAGACUCGGAGAUCUGAAGAUUAGACUUCAAAGCAGGAAAGAAAUUUUUUCACCGGGUGAGAGGUACGUUUCCUCGUACGAGCGAACCGUAGACAGAUUUUUCUGUUCAUCGAACGAACCCAAAAACGGAGACUAAGCAGAAAACGUUUCGAAUGUAUUUCGGUACCACUGAAUGAUCGAGUUCGAGGAAGUUCAUAAAUUUUCAAACUCAGGAAGGGAUUUGAAAAAUGAAUGAUUUUUUCAAACGAUAACAAAUCCUGACCGAAUGCGUGUCUCCGAAAAUAAGGGGAUCGAAAACUUUCAUGAGGUAUAAAAGGAAUAAGGAAAGGGUUAGCCCAUCCUCCGCGGUAGCUGCUAAAAGAGGCAAGGUUAAUGGCACGCGAUGUUUGCUCGGAUAUCCUUUGGCACCGUGUUCCAGGCCCGUUAAUGAGUCCAAAUUGAUUUCGAGCAGUGCAUGACCGACAUCAAAGGCCAGAUGAGCAACAAGUAUUCCAACGUUAGAGCGAAAGAGAUAGAUAGCAGAAAGGCAGAGAUUACGGUUUAAGCCUGUUUACGUCGGGAUUCCAUCUGUGAUCUUGCGCGCCACGCAUAUCCGCUGCAUCGAUUUACUCUCUCCUUCUCUUUGGCUUCUGUUUCUCCUCUCUUCCUCUUCCUCGCCGUUUGUUAAGUCCUUCUAUCUCUUAUCUAGCCUCUUCGCUGAAUUCGCGCCAACGCGUUUCUCUCGAUUCCUCUCCAGUUGGAUUUUAGAGGAUUUCCCUCCGCAUCUGUAUCCUUUGAUCCUUUUGAAGUUUCCACCUUCCUGUUUGCGUAUCAGUUGGAAAAUCUUAGUUGCGAUUUACUUGUCGAACUGUACUGAAUUUGAUACUCCCAAUUAGAAGACGUUUUCGUUUCUAAUUAAUUCAUUUAGUAUCCCUUGCUAUUUUACAUUUAUUUUUCUCGUCUUCUUCGAAGUUCUCCAAAAUUGUCUUUUUCUAUCGACUCAUGUUUGGUAUUCGCGUUGGACGUAUUCUUGGCUGAAACAUCCCUGGUUCUUAUAAUAAACUCAAACUCUCGCUCGUUCCGCGUGCCUUUCUAGCUAGCUGAAUGUCCUGAAUACGAGUCAUUGUCUCGUUGCAAGACCUGGAAUUAGCGGCUGUGCAUUUUUCUUACCCGGGAGAUCGUUGCAGCCGGAAUGUAGACGUCAAAAAUUGCAGGAGUGGCGUUAGAGAGGCUCGUAAAGAAUCUUAACUGUUCCCGAGAAAAAAAGGUCAAUCGCACUUAAUCAUUUAGAAAAUAACAAGAAGAUUUCUAAGAAUAAAAAAAUCAAGUGAAUUAGAUUUUUAUUUAUCGUGGUCCUGGAAGUUGGAAAAUUUAGGAAUUCUAUUUUUCCUCUGAAAUCAACUACGAAUGUAUGUUCAGAAGCAAGAAGGGUGCUUUCGACCCGGACAAUUACACCCGGCUACCGAAGCCGGUCGAACGAAACGGGUCUAAUUCGUGCACAACCCUCGGGCUAGAAAUUAGCACGCCAGCCACAUUGUUGCUUUAGAUAGAACCGUUUGUCUAGUUCGUUACGCGUUAAGAGGAGGUGGCUGGCUACUCGUCGUCGAACCAAUUCACAACAGUACAUACACGUUGGCUCUGAUAUAGAGUCGCGGACGAGGAUAACGACGACGACGAUGACGGAGACGACGACGACGACGACGACGACGCUUCUGCCGUGGGGCGGUGAGCAAUUAGCGACACAGCGCGGCGAGAUCAGAGGCUGAGGGCGGGGUGGGGAGCGGCGGCCUAAUUACACACGGUACCGACCGACUUCAAAGGAGCCGACAGUUCCUCUCCUCCGAGCCAUCCCCUCCGAAUGGCGGGCCCAAGAACAACGCUCCUCUUCCUCGUAUACCCCAGAACCCAGCCAGCCGUUGGCGACGCUGACCUGACUAGCCCUCGAUACUCCCUUUCCACCUUUCUCCUGAUGCUUCUCUUCUUCUUUUUCUCCCUCUUCUUCGCCGGUUUCGCGCGCGAUCCGGCUCUCUUCUACCGGUCACGUGUACCAAAUGAGGGUCCAUCGUACGCGUGCUAUCAAUUGUCAGGAUUGAUCUUAUCGAUGCUUUCAGACCAUUGAAAUCUAGGAUUUUUCUUGGCAGGUGUGCUCGUUUGGAGGAGAGCACUGGUGUAAUUGAUGGUUCGCGGUUUGUUAUGCAAGGGUGAGCACAGGGAGAAUGAUUUGGGAGGAUGGUGGUACCAAUGGUACUGUAGAAUGAUCGUUUCCUGGUAUCAUGAUUUUGAUCAUUUUGGUGUUGCUUUAGGAAUAACCAAAGUUAUUAAAAUAACAGGUUUUAUUUAGAUUUCUUGUUUCUAAUUUACUACAUAAAGUAGUUUAUUUCUGUCAGCUGGUUAGAUUGGUACAGGUGGUAAACAGUUGUAGAUUAAAGGCUAUGAUUAAGUGGACUCGGUUUCCUCGUUAGAUGAAUCAUCCUCUAGUGGACUUAAUUAAUGUUCCUAAUUAAUAAUACUUAAGAUCCAUCAACCAUCCCUCAAAAUGCCUUCCAACUAAAAUUUCUUUUCUCCUUAUUUCUAAAUUUCGUUUUAACAUGAGGAAUGAGAAUCGCGAUCCAUGGUAACACGAUCGAAAGGUACAGGGCACGAGCGGGUCCAGCGAGGGAAUCCCAAAACGCUCUGGACACGCGAGUAGGCACGCGUCUUCCCAGGAAAUCGGCGUUCGCCGUUAGAACAUCAGGGAUCCGGAGCCGUUGCGGGGACCAUUUUCUUCUUCUUCCACUUGUUUGCGCCGUUCGUUCGUCUCUCUUUCUCCUGCACAUUCUUGGUCCACUCUUUCCUUGUCCGGUUCGCGGAGUCGUCGUGGCCGCAAGUCAUCAGUCAAGUCUUUGAGGUCGGCUUGAAGCUCUCCCGGGGCCCGCAGAAAAAGGCCUUUUGCCGAUCUGGCCUGGCGGUGAGAUCAAACGCUUCCCUCUCGUACGGUGAACCGGGACGCUGCUUCGGCCCGAUAUACACGGAUGUACGAACAACGAACGGGCGACCAAGGGACUGAGAAAGGGUCCAACAGGGUAGGAGAAGGAGAGACGAGAUGGACCCGGUAGAGGACAAAGGGGGAACGCCGAUAGAAAGGGGAAAGGGAAGCAGGUAAAUAGAGAGGAUCCUUAGGUAGUUGAGACAUGUGAACGAGUGGUGUGGAUAAGGGUGUAAAUGAAGGUUUCUGGCAGGGUAGAAAAGGGGUUGAUGUUGGGAAUUAUUCAGGAAGAUAAGGGACUCGACGUUUCUGUGAAAGGGAUGUAAAGGAGGGAUGCUAAGAGGGAGAAGAGGUGGAAAUUAGAAACUAUGACAAAUUUUUUAAUUAAAAUUUGCUACUUUGCUAUUUUUUUUUUUUUUUUUAUUGCAAUGACAAAAUAGAAAUGAAGAAGGCGAAGAAAGGGACAAAGACGGGAAAGAAUCAAAGAAAGCGAGCGAAGAGAGAAGGUAGUGACGUUGCUCUUCGAGGAAGCGAAGAGAGACGAACGGCUGAAUAAAUACGCGUGCCCUCGCUAACCGUUUGCAAAUUUGUUGAGGCGCCUUCUCGAAAGCCCUUUGACUCGCAGCAACUUUGAAGAAUCACUUUUGUCUCCCUCAACGCUGCGCCGAGCAAAGGUCUGCUUGGAACUUCGACUAAUUGCUGUUUUGAUGAGAAGGGAAAACAAAGGGCGUAUGUUUGUCUUUGUUGAUCGUUGAAACUAUGAUUAAUCGAUUGAUUCUAUUAUCCGAAAUAGUCAAUGAUUUAUUACUUAUCGUGAUCUUUAAUCGUCAAGAAUUAUUACCGAUGAAAAAAUAAUGAUUCUUGCUUGACAAUUUAUAAAUUGUUAUGAUUUUAUUCGAAACUUCAGCCACAGAAAAUACUCGGCAGCUCUUCAAUUUUCCUUACAAUUAUUUCGCCAUAGAAUCUCUCAAGAACUUGUCAGAACUUCUCGAUCCUGAUGAUCAAACUCUCCAACUAAAAAUCUCUGUCAUCGUUCCACCGUGAACCUUAAUCGUCCAAUAAUUCUUCCUCGACGAGAGGAUCAAGACACGAAUUAAAGCAACUUUCCCCGGUCGUCGGAGAGUUAGCAAACUCGAGGCACUAUCGAUUCAUCGACGUAGCUCUCUCCGGAUCACGCGUACGUCCAGGGUGUUCGCGUUACAAAAGGCCACGGUGAAACCUCGUCACGGAGCAUCUAUGAAUCGCAUUAUCGAUUUGUACGCCGGCCCGCUGAUCAACGCCGAGUAGAUCCUUUGAUGUUCGCCGAAGGUUCCGUGGGGGCUUCCGGAAAGCGUGCGGAUACGGCAAAGGAUCCGUGUGCGGAUCGAGCACGCGUGAAGAAUGGUCCGUGAGGGUUGGCGAGACGAACACGUGGAAAGAAAAAGAUCCACGAAAAUAAGCCCCCGGUAAAAUGAUUGGCCUACGCAACUGCUACCACGUUGGCUUCAAUUUCAUUUCACGGCCAGCCAGAACGUGUCUUUGUUCGAAAUCGGUUUCGUAACACCGCGUUGAGAAACCAUCGCGGUGUUCCCUCUUUGAUAGACAGUGAAAUUAAUUACUUGUGAAAUUACAGUGAAAUCGCGAUCUACUUUGUGAAAUUAUUCGAGACAAGAAUAAUUUCGUCUUUGAAUUUAAAUUUCUCCCGCCAUGUGGUUUGAUACAAACGUCAAAGGGUUAGAUAGCAGAAAUGUAAAAAGAAUAAAACGAAAGCGCGCAAGAACAUCAUUUCCGCUCCAGGUCGAUUCCUCCAAACGACCGGCGAUAAUCGAUGCUCCGUUUCGCUUCUGGAAUCAAGGCCAGCUCGAGCGUUUCAUGCUUCUCCUCUGACAGUGGGUUUCGCCGCGAUUUUUCCGACUCUCUCUCUCGUUUAUUGCCGCGAUGUUGUAAGAGCGAACGUUGAGCGAAGAAGGUAAAGGGAACCGAAUGGACAGCCUCGGGUACGAGAAAGAGAGACGGCGUGAUUUUUGCGGGGAAAGAAAAACGCAAUCCAAGUCGGCGGCGCGAGAGUUAGCAAGAACGCAGUGUAGGCGGCACAUCAAAGGCGCACCUCGGGCGUGAACGAGCGAGCGGGCACGCGGCUCAAGUAGAGAGCGGAAGACACCGCCACCAAUCCUACCACCAUCCAAUAUAUUUACUCCGAUGGACCACCGCUACCAUUGCCAUCACCGCCACUAGCAGUGGCCGGCUCCUCCACCGUAACCGAUGUCCACGACCACCGUGCACAACCACCAACUUCGCGAUUACUUUGCGCGCUUCGUGAAUGUUUUUUACGUGAGAUUUUAACCCUAAUUCUAAUCAAAAUUAGAUAGAAUUUUCUAAUAUUCCUGAUAAUGAUUAAUUUGGUCAAUUAUGAAAUAUUGACUAAUGACUAAUUUGGAAUUGCUAAUUAAUUUAAAUAUGAGAUUUUUAAUAUUCUUUGGGGAAUUUACCCAAUUAUAAUUGUUACUAACAAAUCUCUAAGCAAAUAGAACACUAUGAACGGUAAAUUUACAGAUUGCUUGCAUCGCAAUGGCUCAAGGGAACAAACAUCUACGUCUCUGCUCACGCUCACGUAAUCCCCGGAGAAUUUUGCAUGAAUCAAAUAUUCAGACUACUAAAUUCAUCCCUGUAGAACGUAGAUCUAACUGAUGUUCCAAACAUACAGAUUCAAGUAAUUUAAACAUAGAGGAAAGGCGAAAUUUAACAAUUUCUCCAAGAAAUUAAUGACAACCUUAAUAAUCUAUCAUUAGCUUGCCUUUGACUAUGUAUCUUCAAAGUUCCUCACUGAGUUUCUACACGAAGAGCAAAUUGCUUCGACCAGAGUUAAUCGAUCAAGUUACCAAGUAACUUGCUUGAUGUAACAUUUCUAGAUCGAUACCAUGAUGGAAGAGAAAUGUCCUUGUAAUUACACGGUACAACGAACCGUGAAAUACAUUGAAUCUGCUUACCGUAGAAAGUGGUGAUACCGUUGUCUUAAGCAAAAGGAACCUCUGAUGUUUUUUUAUAGAAUCUUUCUUGUCCUUUUCUUCUUUUAUUACAAUGUAGCAAUUUGUUGCAAUGUUUUGGUAAUUUCGGCAAUUUUCGAGGGUCGAAAAUCGCGAGCACUGCGGUUUCGCGGGCACACUGGAUGCAUUUUCGAGGAUGGCUCGUGCAAAUUGCGGUUUUAAAGCUCACCGAGGCGAGCCGGUCAUUGCGCGCAAAGAAAUCAUCGUCGUUCCCCGGUAGAGAAAUACGUCGAUCGGAGCUUGUAAUUUCGCGCGAUUUCUUUGCCACAUUUUUCGGCUGCUCUGGACCGUGAACAUUGUUGCUUUUUAAGAACCCUCAACGUCUUCAUCUUCUCGAAGGUACCGUUGUACGGUGCGAAGUCCAGACAAUCUAUACAUUCCAGAAAUAUUUCCGGCAAUAUUUUAGAAAUUCUCGUGAUAAUUCUUCGCAAAAUUUUCCUCUUCGAUGACAAAAAUCUACGGAUACGAAGGGUUUAAGAUCCUCGAAUCCAAACAAUGGCGCCAUUAAGUCACCCCAAAUGUUAUCGUUCUGGUAGCAAAGCAAACCUCAGCCACCGGUAAUAUCUUCGACAGUCUUCAGUCUGGGGGUUCUUUUGAAACGUGAACGGUAGCCCGGAAACAGUUUCCGACGGGAAAGCUCGGGGGCUUGUUUUCACGGUAAAUCGCGGUCGAAAGGGUUCACGUAUCCGCGCUCAGUGGAAGUGCGUUGAUCCCGGGUCGGCAACGAGAAGACCGACCGAUAAAUUAGUUGCCAGCGGAUAUCUCCUUCGCUUUUCCUUGGUUCGUUCGAAAGGCGCACGGCGGCCAAAGCCGUGGCAGUGUUGGUGGAGGAGAGGUAGGGCAAGGCAGUCAUAUUUCAGCCCUUGUUAGGCUGAGGGGCCCCCGCCGCGACGGGAUGGGGAGAAAAUCUCUUUGACUCGCCGCUCCGCGCCUUAAUCCACUGGCGUAUACCCUAUCUUGCCACCUGCUCUCUCUUCCUUCCUCUCUACCCCUCUUUCCUCUUCUUUAGAUACCUCUUUCCCUCUCUUAUUCGCCUAUCUGCCCCUAUCUUCCGCCUUCUCCGUCGGUUCUCCAAGCUUCUGCAACCUCGUCCUCCUUCUCUCGCAGCCUACGAGUCCUUCACCAUAAAUUACAGGGGAUAUUACGAGGCUCGCAUUUACCCCUUCUUACUUACCUUCCUUCUCUCUCUCUCUCUUGUUCCGGAUGUAAGCCGGGGUACGUACGAGGUCGCGUUUACCCUGGUCGCGGAACGAUUUUUUUCGGGGGCGAACGGUACGUCUUGCAGGUGUCGAACUUAAUGUUCUAUAGGGAUCAGGGAGGAUUUUUAAGUAUAAGGGAAAAUUUUUGGGUAAAAUUUGGAGGUCUGGGUCCAUCGAAACUUAAAGAAGUAAAUUAUAAUUGUGGCUCUCUCCAUGGUCCGUCGUCGAAACCUCGCACCCUUAAACGAAUCACAAGAUCAGCCUCCAAUUAUAGAACCGUCAUGUCAGCCACCGUGUCAUUAAACCGUACUCUACAACUUCUUAAAAAACACCCCCAUCCAGUCCAAAAAGUCAAAGGUUAAAGGCACCAUAGAAGGGAUGAUCGAGGGUCGUUCCAACGAUAGGAAGCACCUGUCCGUAUCUCGGCAGAUCUUGGAAGUGGAAUCAGAGGCUGGUCACGCAACGGGUCGUCGUUUGACGAGUAAAGGAUCUCGUAUCCGUUGAUUCUAAGUUGGCGUUACGAAGCGAGGCCGCGGUUGGAAGGCUGUCGUAACCUCGGCUUAACGAGGCCAUCGACAUCGGGGGCUCGAAACUCAUCGGGCGAAGCGGUCGAAGCCGGAGCGCGCGAUCGACGCUUGAAAACGUAUCUUUGGCACGGAUGACGGCGCGUUUGAGAUGUUCCGCGCACGCUUCUUCUUCUUCUUCUUCUUCUUCUACUCCUCGGGCUUGUCGGCCUCUUUAGCGGCGAACCGUGCCGCUCGGCUCCGCCAGCGGAUACGGCCAGCCUCGAUCGUGGCCGGCUCCAUCGAUUGAGCUGUCGACGAGGAUAGAUGUCGGACGGACUAGAGCGAAGCUGUUCCGUUCGAGAUUUAGUGACGCGCCGCUGCUGGCAGACACCUAGCAAACGUAUUCAUAUCGACGCCCCGGUGAAUCGGAAUAUUUAUCGAUGCAUCGCUACAGCGAGUAGGGGUGGGUGUGGAAAAGUAUUCAAACCCGGAGGAGGAAAAUACCCCUUCGGUGAUCUAAGGAUUAAAUAGAGUACCUACGGUAUGGCACCCUACUGAGUUCGCGAACAAUGUCGACGAGGGAAGGAAGUAGCAUGAGACGUCUGACAAUUGCAGCAGCCUCGUGGUGGUGAAGGUAACAGGUCCGCGGGCGGUAAAAGCGUUUCUCUCCGUGAGUCGCGGUGUAAGAUCGUUAAAGCCGCGGUAAGCUCGAAAGCACUCCGGGCCCUUUCGCUCUCCCUCACUCUCUCUUUCUCGGCCUGAUGGAAGCCCCGAAGAAGCGGCGACGGUUCUGUGUGCACGCGGUUAUGGUAAUGCGAGGUUUGCGGUGCGUGUUAGCCGGCUGCGUGAGCGGCCCUCGUAAUGGUAACGAGACGGUCUCUCACCAUCAUCAUCAACAUCCGGACGACGAAACACGAUGCGAACGAUCAACGACUGUUGCGGGUUUCGAGCCGCGGCCUCAAAGGUGCCGACCGCGAUCCGUUCCCUGGCUAUUUUUAACUUGUUUUCGCGUCCACCGGCGCGGCGUGCUCUCUGGAGUACCGAGAGAAUGGGAAGAGGAGAGCCCAACCCGCUUACCGGUGGCUCGUAAGCGUGCAUUCGAUGGAAUGCCACGCACCACCGGCCACCGGAGCACCCGCGAAACGAAUCGACCUUCUGGAAAAAAAGCGAGCCUCCGGCCGAACGAGACCGAGCACAACCCACCCUGGACCCCGCGGUGAACGUGGAACAAAGAGAGAGCCGAUAACGAGAGGACAUUGAGCUUUUCAAACGUUUUCUCACCGGGAUGAUUGCUUUCGAAUUGCAGGGGUUGAUUGGUAACAUUGGAGAGAAUUGGACCGUAAUUUUGAUCGAAACCUUCCUGAAAAGGUAUACGCAAUUUUGUUUCUAUAAAAGAAAAAGAUCAAUUAUCUAAGAUUAUAAAAAUAAAUUUUAAUUAUCGAGGGUUAAAAUUUUAAUAUUCCCGGAUUUUACGACGUGUCCUUAAAAAGAUGUAAAUAAAAAUUGAAUCUGUGAGUUCGUUACGUACAUUCCUUCUAAAUGAGAAGAAGGGUUUACGAGGGAUGAAAGAGCGCGGUGAUCGAAGGGGUAAGGGAAGAAGGCGGAAUAGGAGCGAAAUUGCCGUGAUCGAAACGGAAGACGAUAAACGGAUCGGGCGACUUUCUGCGCUGAGAAAUUCGAUGGCGGAAUCGGUGGGCGAAGUAACGAAAGGGAGGGAUCUCUGGAAUAUCGACAGCUGUCGAAUGGCGAGGUGAAUCUUUGACACGGCGAUUAUUAAAUUCUUUUCAUCGGGAGGGGAAUGAAUGUUAAACCGCGAGAUCUUCUUUUUAUGAAUUUCUGAAAUGUCACGAUCACGGUCAAAUUGCUAAUUAUGCAUUAAUUAUUCGCAUAAAAAUCUCAUUUUUAAUGAUUUGAAAUUUGGAAACAGUUCAUGUUUGACGCAUCCAAAUAAAUGACAGUAAUUGUACCGGUCAAAAGAGACCCAGAAAGGUAAAAGGCAGCCGAGUGCCUCACCUUCAAAGAGAACAGAGUCCAUCCUCGAAAUGGUCAUUUAUUUGCGUGGUGAUUCAUCUAUCCGAUUCGGAACCCCGAAAUCUUUGAACGCUUUACCUGCUACCGGAAUCCCCGCAAGAGGGUGGCGGCUAGUAACAGCCGUCACUUUGUCGGCCUUUGUCACGGGGAUUAUGCGCCGGGUGGCAAAUUAUGACGGACACCUUCACGCCCAGGACACCCUCUAAUGCGAAACAGAGGGAUAAGAGGAAGAGAGAGCGAACAGAGAGGCUUUCGUAGGCAUCAGGGCUCUUUGAAAGGCAUAUUCGAAUUAUACAUGGAUUUAGAGGGCACAGGGUAUGGAAUUAGAAAUUUCAAGGGGAUGAAAGUGGAUUAGGGAAGUGUAAGAUUCUUUGUGCAAAUUGAACGCUCGAUGACUCAUUAAUCUCCGUUCUGUUUGUUUUAUUUCAUUUCUUUUUCUUACUAGGUCUUUCGAGGUUUUACUCCUAAUAGCGUUUUGUUAUCUUCCUUAUAACAUUAUAAUCCCCCGAUACAAAUGUAUGGGUUUGUCGCUAUUGUAAGUCUUUUCAAAUCGAUAGUAACCUGUAAACAGCACAGAGCUGACUAGUUCGUUGAAAUAGACACACAUAGUGCAGUGUUAUUUAGUUCCCUUUGCAUAUUAUUUUUUCUUUUUUAAUUAGAAAUUGGUGAACAUAAUGAAAAAGAUCUCAAUGUGCCUGACGGCUCUGGUAUUGACGAUAGCAGCCGAAGAGAAACCUACAAACACCGUCUCGGUGUCCUCCGGUUCGGCCUCGAUCCAGAGCAAUACGAUCCAGAAGCUGAUCAAGAUCCUGGAGAAGUACGGUCUCGAGGAACAGAGGGGUCUGAAGAGGGUAUACCUGAGCAACAGGUCGAUCACUUGCAACGACGGAUCGCAAGCAGGAUUUUACCUGCGGAAGUCCCACGGCUCGAAGAGAUGGAUCAUUUUCCUGGAAGGUGGCUGGUACUGCUACGACCACAAGAGCUGCAGGAACAGGUGGCUCAGGUUGAGGCAUUUGAUGACAUCGACUCAGUGGCCUGAGACACGCGACGUUGGCGGCCUUUUGUCGGCAAAUCCGGAAGAGAAUCCAUUCUGGUGGAACGCGAAUCACGUAUUCGUUCCUUAUUGUACGAGCGACAGUUGGAGCGGUACCAGAGCCUCGCCGGGUGACAUGUUUUCCUUCAUGGGUUCGGAUAUCGUGAUGCAGGUGGUGCGGGAUCUCAUCCCUCUUGGACUGGAAAAUGCGAGCUCCCUCCUUUUGGCUGGCAGCAGCGCGGGUGGAACCGGUGUCAUGUUAAAUUUGGAUCACGUGCACAAUUUGGUACACCGUGAAUUAGGUUUGAGGCACAUUGCGAUAAGGGGCGUCUGCGAUUCGGGGUGGUUUCUGGACAGAGCACCCUACUCCCCGAACGGAUUAUCGCCUGUCAAUGCUGUUCGCAAGGGGAUGGAAUUCUGGAAGGCUCGGAUGCCUCAUAAUUGCGUUAUCAAGCACCAGAACGAACCAUGGAGGUGCUAUUUUGGAUACAGAUUGUAUCCAACUUUGACUGCGCCCCUGUUCGUUUUUCAAUGGCUGUUCGACGAGGCUCAGAUGUCAGCCGACAACGUGGGUGCACCGGUGACGAAGCAGCAAUGGGAUUACAUACACAAGAUGGGUGACAGCCUGCGGCAAACCUUCGAAAACGUUUCCGCGGUCUUUGCCCCGAGUUGCAUUAGUCACAGCGUUCUGACGAAGAGAGAUUGGCAGCUGGUCAAAAUAGACGAGGUUUCCCUGGCACAGGCGUUGCAUUGUUGGGAGCAAAUGCCCCUCGGGAACCGUCGUAACGACACUCGUUCGCCAAUUGAGACGAACCAACCGUGCACGAAGUCGCUCCGGAAGCUGCUGCGUUCCGGGCUGACGAAGGGAAACGGAACUUCGUUCGAGCCAGGAAGAAGCGGAAAAAGCGAGUACGCGAUGGAGCCGCAGAAGGUUGCGCCAAAGGUGAUUACCAAUUCGAACGGUGGAAAAUCGUCGAUAUUUUCAGUUCAGGAUGGUGAAAACAGGAAAAGGAAAAGGAGGAAACAUAAAGGUAGACGCAGGGAGAGGAACAAAGAGGCGAGGAUGAAGAAGGAGAAACACGAACGGAGGAAAUCUACAGGUCGUCGUAAGGGUAACAAGCAGAACAACGACAGCAACCACACGGGCAUGUUCAACGGGACCAGACCUCAACGCUCGGUGAUACCAUCUGGCAAACGGAAGUGCGUCCAGGGCUGCCACUUCCGGUUAAUCGAACGUUGCACUUGGCCGCAGUGUAAUCACAGCUGCCCGAAGCUGCACAAUCCGUUCACCGGCGAGGAGAUGGACUUCAUCGAGCUGUUGAAGAGCUUCGGCCUCGACAUGAAGAGCGUGGCGAACGCACUUGGCAUCGAUAUACAAACAUUGAACAGCAUGGAUCACGACGAGCUGCUGAAUUUGCUUACUCAGCGUGCCAAUUAACUCGUAACAUUCGACAACAAGCAUUCCUCAUCGACGAAACGUUCGUCGUUCUUGCUGUUGAUCGAACAGACGGGGAAAGAGUAGAACUUUGACGCGAAGCGUGUUUCAUCCUCCCUCCCCAUGUUCGAUGAUGAUUAUUUAAGAAGACUUCAGUUUCUUCAGAAAUCAAAGAGACUGUCUUCUCUUGGGAACAUUAACCAGAGAUCAUUUUCUUGUCUCCCAGUGAACCGUCUUCGUGAUCAGCAUAAUUAAUGGGAAUUUUGUCCUUUUGAACAACAGAGUAUCUUUAAUUUAUUUGAUAGUUCGUAAGCGAAGCAAACGGACAUAUAAUUAUGUUGUUGCGAAUUAAUUCACUUAAUUUUUUUAGAGUGAUACAUUCAACGCCGAAUGACACGAUCAGCCAUGAGGCUCGAUUUCCGAUUUACCAAAACCUUCUUCCCUCUUCAACGUUUGUACCUGUAUUCGCAGAACACUUUAUUAGACAACGAUUUCGGGUGUCGGCAAUUGUUAAGUUCUACUGUUGUUUUCGAUACACUUGUCGCAGGCUUUAGCAAAGCAUUAUUCUACGUAGCAAUAUGAUUUUUACAAUCGUCAAUUUUUCAGAGGCAUUGCUUGCCAGAGGAAGCUUCUACUUUGUUGCAGAACAAGGUAUAAUUUACAACAGAGUCCACGAAUUAAAAGUAUGUUAUUUUUUCCAUUUAGCAAAUUUUCCCCGAUGAAUUAUUUAUUUUAAAAUUUGAAUGGAAAGCAGUGCGAUUUUUGAUAAACUGAAAUCAUCGAUUAUGGAUGAUUUAAAUGUAACAAAAAUUGUCAGUAUUAACUUGAUCGUUGACACAUUCCGCGCGCGACAAUAAUUGAACAAGGCAAAUCGAGUCAAAACGUUCGUGCUCGAUUCAAUGGAACGCGACGGAACCGAGUUUCGCGAAUUGAUGUCAAUAACGAGCAAACCGACCGACAAAGCAGCUUCAUAGACUGAUUAAAUUAUCUACCUCAACGAAUCAAAUCGUAUUAACGUCCUUCUGUGUACUAUAAACGUCGAUUAAAGAGUUUAACGCCGCAAGAGUAAUUAAUAUAGGCUAGAACGAUCGUUUAAACAGCGCGUCGUUGCGUCUAGCGUUCUAUGUAAUAUAAUUGUCCGACUAAUAAUUAUUUAUUUAACGCGGAGAGAAAGAAUUCACGCGACGGCCAAGAGACCAAUCUGACAGCGUUUAAUUUAUUUUUCAUGCCGGAUCAACCAUCCGUCUCUUGCGUCUGUGUAAAAUAUUGUUAUUUUAUAUUCGCGUGAAUCAUUGUAAAUAAAUUGUAUAUCUGUUGUACUAAACAAAA